UUAUGAUUUUUUGGUGCAGUAGGGGGCGCUGUUGUGGGAGACUGUUAGUGUAUGUGUCAACGGAAGGACAAGUCAGAGGAGAAAACAUGGCGUCUCGCACACGGCUGCCCUUGCUGUUCCCUAAAAACUUGCCGGCAUUUAGACACCAAAAGCUUUCCCACACCGAGGCUGCGGCCAAGCAGCCUGCAUACCCCCCUAUCAUCGCCUCUCUGACGGCUAAAAGCAGAUCCGCCCGGCAGCGGCAGGUCGCUGAGCACGUGGAGAAGAUAUGCGGCUCUCCGGUGGAGGAGAAGCUCUCCCUCAUCACUCGCCUCCAGCGGAUGAAAUUCGUUGUUUACCCUCAGACUUUUGCAAGGAACGCCGACAGAUGGUACCAGCACUUCACCAAGACUGCGUAUAUCCCGGGCCUGCCGGAGAAAUUCACCCUGAAGCCCGGGGCAGAGAGGGAGGGAGAGGGGCAGGAGGGCUCGCCGCCAGCCGCACAUCACACCUCGGUCCCGGGGCUGGACAGUGAUGCGUUCGCGGACAUCCGCUCUUUGGUCACUCGUGUGAUUUUACAGGAGCACUGGCACACACGCAAACCCAAACCUUACCUGUACAAAGCGCAGGAGCAGCUGGUCGGACCUUUCGUGAGAAACCUGGCGACUGAACUUACCCAUCAUUUGGCUAAAUACAACCCACUGUUCCUCCACUCCAGUCUGGAUCUUGAGCCCCAGGUGAACUUUUACUGGAGGAGAGGACAGAGAAUCAUCCCAAAGGGGCACCGGAAAGGCCGGCAAGAGCCAAUCAGGUUCCAGAUCGAUGACCGCCCGCAAUGUCAGAUCAGGAUAACUCAACAACUACCACAGUUCGCCCCGCUGGAGGCUUCUUAUGCAGCUGAAGUUCCAGAGGUCAAAUAUGCUCCCAACACAAUGCCUCUGUUCAGAAGACAGUACGAAAAUAAUAUAUUUACAGGUGCCAAACUACCAGACCCGGCUUGUUACGGUCACACUCAGUUCCACCUGGUGCCCGACCGUUACCAUAGAGACAAGAUGGCCCGGCGGCAGCAGUCUGAUCAGGUGGAGGUUUUCCUCCGAGCCAACGGACUCGCCAGCCUCUUCACCUGGACGGGAGCUCAGGCCAUGUACCAGGGUUUCUGGAACCACGAAGACGUCACCAGGCCGUUCGUGUCUCAGGCUGUGAUCACAGACGGCAACUUCUUCUCCUUCUUCUGCUACCAGCUCAACACAGUGGCUCUGUCAGUGGAGACGGACGCCAACAACCCGAGGAAGAACGUGCUGUGGGGCACAGAGAGCCUGCGACUGUACGAGAGCGUGCAGGACGGAGAGGUGGUGGGUCUGAACGACGACGUCCUCAAACUCCUGCUUCAGUUCCUCAUGAACCAGCCAUAGACGUUCUGCAGGUUUCUGUCUUUGAAGGGGGAUUCUGUGUUCUCCAAGGCGUUAGAAGAAACGUAAAAUCUAUUAAGGGGCCUAACGUGGCGGACAUAACGAAGUUUGUCAGAUUGUAUAAAAUGUAAUGUUCAAAAAAGCAGCUGUGUUAAAAAGGUUUGAGUCUAAAACUGAACAAAGGACUGAAAAGACAUGCUGCACACAUCCGUCAUUAUUAUUAUUGUGCAGGCUGUAUUUAUGCAAAAAUAAAAUCAUGCUUUUCAAGUGGGA